AUGGAGGGAUUUAUUCAUAAGAUAAAUAAUCUUUUAAAGAAUCCCAGGUUGGAGGAUAUACUGAGUGUAUUUGAAAUUGAUGGGUACAUAAGACUAAACAGGGUGUAUAUAUCUCCAUUUUCCUUAAGACAGCUCUUAAUCAGGCUGGCAGGACUAGACCUAGUUUCUUGGCAGAUGACACCAAGCGGCCUAUUCUUUCAAUUUAGGGCAUUCUGCCUUAAAUUCUAUGGUUCUGUAAACAUAGUGGUUAAGCAGAAGGUAUUCUGUAUAGAGAUUGACUUUGAUCCUAGCAUUGAUGGAGGUGCAGGGGUUCCUGUGCUCAGAGAGUUGGAGAGAUAUCUAAAGGGAUGCGAUGCAUUGUUUUUCAUGACAUAUUACACAGAUAUCGAUAAGGAAAUACUUCAUAAUCCACUUUCUGAGAGCCUAGAUUUCUUGUAUAGGAAGAGUUCCAUAAGGAAGUAG